GAGAGUAGGGCAUGCGCCUUGAAUCGGGUUACCAUCAAGUAUCGCUACCCCUUCCACGUGCAGACGACCUCAUCGACCAACUUCGCGGGGCCAGAUUUUUUUCGAAGAUUGACUUGCGAGGCGGUUACCACCAAAUUUGCGUGCAUGAAGCUGACUGCUCCAAGACGGCUUUUCGGAUCCGGUACGGGAGUUACGAAUACACGGUCAUGCCCUUCGGCUUAACAAACGCGCCUUCGACAUUCCAGUUGACCAUGAACGAAUUUUUUCGGCCAUUGCUGGAUCAGUGCGUCAUCCAUUUGAAGGAUUUGGAAGCGGUUUUCUCUCUCCUGCAGCAGAAGCGACUAAUCACCAAAGGCUCCAAGUGCGAGUUUCUCAAAUACGAACUGGAGUAUUUGGGUCACGUGAUUUCCAUCGAUGAUGUUAAAAUAGACUCCAAGAAGAUCGCGACAAUCCAAGAAUGGAAGCCGCCGGCUGAUCUACGCGAACUUCAGAGUUUUCUGGGGUUUGUUAAUUACGUCGUUUCAUUCCGAACAUGGCGGAGAGCAGCAGGCUGCGUUAAAAAGCUCAAACUUUUCCUGACGACCCCUCCAGUUCUUCGAAUUGCAGAUCCUCACCGUCCAUUCGAGCUCAUAACCGACGCUAACGAUCUGGCCGUCGGCACAGUCCUGUUACAAGACUUCGGCGAAGGCCUACAACUGAUCGCCUACAAGUCACGAAAGCUGAACCCGGCCGAGCGAAAUUAUCCUGUCCACGACAAGGAGUUACUCGCAAUCACAGCGAAACUGUUCCUCACGAACAUCGUGCUGCUACAUGGCAUCCCAUCGGCAAUCAUCAGCGAUCGUGACCCACGGGUCACGUCCAACUUCUGGACAAAAACCUGGCAGCAGUACGGCACACGUCUGCAUCUGUCCACGGCAUACCACCCGCAGUCGGACGAUCAUACUGAGCGCACCAAUCAAACGAUGGAGCAGCUGAUUCGCACGACAUGCACAGACCCGGCCCAAUGGGAAGACGCCCUUCCCUUGAUCAAGUUUGCGUACAAUAAUGCCCCAUCGGCCGCAACUACUCAGUCCCCGUUCUUCCUUAAUUACGGGAUAGAUCCGACAACCCCUCUAUUGUCACCGAUAGAAAAUCCGGCCCAAACCGAGGCCCCUUGGAUUUCCUUCACCAUCUCACCACCUCGCCAUCGAGCGCUGAACAAAAUCAGACCGCACGUCACAAUAUUUAGUAGCAAUUGCUCAUCUGCGCAGCCGUGCCCUCCCCACCUCCGUGCACCUUCUCGGCCCCCUCCUAGCGCCCCCAUCCUCCCGCCGCCUUUGGUGUCUCUUCGUCUUAGAUCCCCCAUUCCCCGUCACUCGUUAGUCGAGCGCGUCACCGCCAUGCCCGCACCCGGCAUGGGCGGCUUCCGCGACCUCGCUCCGCGCGCAAUGGGUGCUCCGGGAGGGGGGAUGAGCGGGGCGCUGAGGGACGGGGACGCGCAGGGAGCGCCGUUGCGGGACGGUGGGGGGUUCCGCAGCGGGGGAGCGUACAGGGACGCGGGGAUGGGCAUGAGGGACGCGGCAGCACCAGGUUACCGGGAGAUGGGCGGCGCUGGUCCGUUCCGCGACAGGGAGGUGGCUCCGGGGCACGAUGGCGCCAUGGCGGCGAGCGGCGGUGGAGGAACCUUGAACCGAUUGUCAGGCAGUGGCAGCGGGGGAAACCUAAACCGUCUAUCAAACGACACUGUAACGGGGAUGAUGACGUCAACAUCGUCCCCGCCUCGGUACCGCCCCAACGCAGCUGCAGGCGGGCCGGCGUUUUUGGGGUCGCCGGCCAUGAGCGACGCCAUGGGCAUGGGGGGAGGCAUGGGACCGCCCAUGGCGGGCGCGAUGGGGGGGCCGAUGGGGGGCCAGCGGCAGAAGCGGCGGGGCAGCAGCGCGCGGUACUACUACCAGUUGGUGGCGGUGGUGCGGCAGAACCUGCCUUAUUUGGUGAUCGCGCUGCUGCUGGCCGUCAUCGCGCUCAUGCGCACGCCCGCCCCCGCCCCCGCCGCCACGCCCGCCGCCCUCGCCACCGCCUCCCUCGCAGCAGGCGGGGCGGACCCCGCAGCAGCAGCGGGGGGCGUGGGGGGACUGUCGCUGGGGCUGAGUCGGUUUGGGCUGGGCGGCGGGCAGAAGACGAACCUGAUCAGCAUCCUCAAGGCCAACCCCGACGCCGUGGAGGCGCGCGAGGCCACGCGCAACUACCGGUUCAGGGAGCACGCGCCGGUGUACGGGCUGGUGCACUUCGCGAGCUACCGCAUGAGCGCCGUGAAGUUCGCCAUCGUGGGGCUGGCAGGGCGCGCGCUGAGGGAGUCGCGGAAGCUGGGCAAGUGCCUGUGGAAGGAGAAGAACGGCGGACACCGCGUCACCGGCACUCUCACAGCAUACUACCCGGGCGAGCACCACAACCUGCGGUACGAGGCGGUGGUGCUGGUGUGCGAGCUGGAGGAGUCCACGGAGGCGGACUACGGGGGGCUGCUGCUGGCGACGGUGGACAAGGAGGACGUGGUGGCGUACCUGGAGGAGGCGCACCACUUCCCCUCCGCCACGCCCAAGGCGCCCUUCAAGUACCAGCUCACGUACUGCUCGCCGCCGCUGGCGGGCAAGAUCAUCCCGCGGCGCAUGUACGAGUGGAUGGAGUUCCACCUGCACACGGCCGUCGACCGCAUGGUGCUGUACGACGCGGGCGGCAUCGGCGCGGCGCUGAUGGCGGUGCUGGAGCCGUACACGGAGCAGGGCUUGGUGGAGGUGGUGGACGUGCGCGGGAUCACUGCGUACGAGGCGUGGGAGAAGGGCCGCCUGCUCGUGCUCAACGACUGCGUGCAGCGCCACCGCUUCACCUCCAAGUGGGUCUUCUUCGCCGAGAUGACCGACUUCUUCUCUGCCGCCAACGGCGAGACGCUGCUCGCCACCGUCAACGCGUACGACGGCCGCCCCUACGUCACGUUCGGCAGCCGCUGGUGGUCGUUUGAGAAGUGCACCUUCUCGUCGCUCACAGAGCGCAUCGUGGUGCGCGGCGCCGCCAUGCUGGAGGGCGCGGGGGCGGGCGACGAGGGCAAGGCGGACGUGGGGGGGAUAGCGGAGGGCGGCGCGGGGGAGGGCGGUGUGCAGGUGACGGAGGGCGCGGAGAAGGCAGCGGUGGAGCAGCCGUGGGCGUUGGAGCGCAUGCUGUUCCGGUGGCCGCACAUCUACUGCACCAACAAGGAGGCGUACCCGCGCUGGGAGCUCUGCCUAGACUACCACGGCUUUCGCCGCGUGGCGGCGGACCCGCGGCAGGUGAUAGCGGUGCAGAUCCACCGCGUGGAGGUGCCGCGCAUGGGCGGUGUGGACGUGGACACGGACGCGGCGCGCUUCAACCACUUCCAGGGGCUGCUGGAGGACGAGCGCAAGUUCUGCAUCAAGAGCGUGCGCCCCGGCGAGCAGCUCGAGUGGUGGGUGCGCGAUCAGUCCCUGGCGCUGCUCGCACAGGAGGCCAGGCAGUCGCCGCGCGCCAAGUUCAAGACCAGAGGGGGCCAUGUAUUGGUGGACAUGACCUGAUGUUGUGGCACAUCUGUUCCAACAGGGUGGUUGUGGUGUCUGUUGUAGUAUAAUUUAUACUUACCAUUUCUGUAAGUCGUUUAUCGAUAGGUAGUGUCGAAUCCUACUGUAGAAGAUAAGUCCGUAGGAUGACGUCAGCAAAUACGGUAGCGCUCGUCAUAGGACAAUCGUUUUCAGUCACGCGAUCAGUCGCACCUCUUCAUUAUCAUUUAGGGCGCAUAGCGCGAUAGUGACGAACAGGUACAUUUGCGAACAGGUACUUUCCUAGAGCUAUAAAUCCUUGUUACGGUA